AUGUUACUACUGCCACACUAUGACGCGCUCAAAGCACAUCUCAAUCUCGAAGGCAUGCAUGCAUCCUCUUCAGGAAACAGCUUGGAUCUCGCUUUCCUUCAGGAAGGUCAAGCAGCAGGAGCGCCUCAUUCCGCAUUAACAAUUCCUUCGCAUCGAGAAUCGAUGGAUCCUAUAGCGCUAGGGCAUUCGAGAUACGACACUGGAAUCAGAAGUGAUGGUACAGAGGGUCACUUGGUUGUUUAUGGGCGUGUUGUGUAUAAAGGAGCUACUCAAGGAGAAGAAGUCGAGCUGUGGCUUUGA